CAUCUUCUGUCCUCAAGAAAAUACAGAAGAAGCCUUACUGUUACUGCUUAUUAGUGAAUCUAUGGCUAACCGUGACGCUGUGCUGAGCAGAAUACCAGAACACAAAAAUGAUCGGAUCAUCAGCUUGCAAAGUGCAUCUGUAGUCUACGAUUUACUUACCAUAGCCUUGGGAAGAAGAGGCCAAUAUGAAAUGCUUUCAGAGUGUUUAGAAAGAGCCAUGAAGUUUGCAUUUGAAGAGUUUCAUCUCUGGUAUCAGUUCGCGUUGUCCUUGAUGGCAGCAGGAAAAUCUGCUCGAGCUGUGAAAGUCCUGAAGGAAUGUAUACGUUUGAAACCAGAUGAUGCAACUAUUCCACUCCUUGCUGCUAAGCUUUGUAUGGGAUCUCUCCACUGGUUGGAAGAAGCUGAAAGAUUUGCCAAAACAGUUGUUGAUCUUGGGGACAAAACAUCAGAGUUCAAAGCAAAAGGCUACUUGGCACUGGGAUUGACUUACAGUCUUCAGGCUACUGAUGCAUCUUUGCGAGGGAUGCAAGAGGUCUUGCAGAGAAAGGCUCUUCUUGCAUUUCAGAGGGCUCACAGUUUGUCUCCAACGGAUCAUUUGGCAGCAUUUUACUUGGCACUGCAGCUUGCCAUAUCCAGACAGAUACCAGAAGCUUUGGGUUAUGUCCGUCAGGCUCUGCAGCUACAAGGAGAUGAUGCCAACUCUCUUCAUCUCCUUGCACUCUUACUCUCAGCCCAGAAACACUAUCAUGAUGCUCUGAAUAUCAUUGAUAUGGCCUUGAGUGAAUAUCCAGAAAAUUUUAUAUUACUGUUUACAAAAGUCAAAUUGGAGUCCCUGUGCAGAGGCCCAGAUGAAGCACUCCUUACCUGUAAACACAUGCUCCAGAUCUGGAAAUCCUGCUACAAUCUCACUAACCCAAGUGAUUCUGGACGUGGGAGCAGCCUGUUAGACAGAGCUAUUGCUGACAGACGACAGCUGAACACAAUUACAUUGCCAGAUUUCAGUGAUCCUGAGACAGGUUCAGUCCAUGCCACAUCAAUAGCAGCUUCCAGAGUGGAGCAAGCAUUGUCUGAGGUUGCUUCUUCUCUGCAAAGCAGUGCCCCUAAGCAAGGUCCUCUGCACCCUUGGAUGACUCUGGCUCAAAUAUGGCUUCAUGCAGCUGAAGUCUACAUUGGAAUUGGGAAGCCUGCUGAGGCCACAGCAUGUACCCAGGAAGCAGCUAAUCUCUUUCCAGUGUCACACUAUGUUCUCUACAUGAGAGGUCAGGUGGCUGAACUGCGUGGAAAUAUCGAUGAAGCCAAACGCUGGUAUGAAGAGGCCUUAUCUAUUAGUCCUACCCAUGUGAAAAGCAUGCAGAGGCUGGCUCUGAUACUUCACCAGCUCGGGCGCUACAGCUUGGCGGAGAAGAUUCUCAGAGAUGCUGUGCAGGUGAACUCCACUGCCCACGAGGUCUGGAACAGUCUGGGAGAGGUGCUGCAGGCUCAAGGCAACGAUGAUGCCGCAACUGAAUGCUUCCUGACGGCAUUGGAGCUUGAAGCUAGCAGUCCUGUGGUCCCUUUUACCAUCAUUCCCAGAGUCCUUUGAGAGGGCAUCUCGAUCAACCGAUUUUUGGUCUGACUUCUGGGUGAGCAAACCCAGUGUAUCAGGCUGCCUGGUAACUGGUUAGUUUGAGAAACUUAUGAGCUACAGGUAACAAAUUCCAGUCUUUCACCAGAUUGUGGCCAAAACAGUGAGGUGAUACAAUAUGUUAAUGUUAGACUGAGAGGACAGAAUGGCUACCCAGAGCCAAAUCACUCAUAUCACCUGCAUUUUUUGCCCUGCUAGUUUUAAAACAUCGUUAUAUUGUUCAUGGAUGAUGUGCCAUAUUUUGCUAGUGAUACUUGAGUGUUACAUAAAAUUAUAAUGGAAUCGACUACCAAUUGUAGAGUAAGUUAAAAUUCAGUGGCAGAGCAGACUAUUUUUAACAAGGCUGUUAAUAAAACUGUUCUCUUCCUGCCUCUCAACCUCUUUUGGCCCAAAGUCAGAAUGUGAAUUUUCUGUUUCCAUCUCUAUUUUAGUCCAGGCCAGAAAAUCAGUUGAGUUCUUGUCUUUAGUUGUCAAUAACUGUGAUGUGUGGCUAACUGUUAUCUAGAGCAAAGGCUGAGUACAAGAAUAUUUAUAUUUUACCAAUGUAUGCCUGUUACAAAAAAUAUAUUAGUUAUUUAAGUUUAACUUUUUUAUGUGAAUUCAGAGUUUAUUUAUCAAUGGAGAUAUGUAAAAAGAAGCCUCAAAUGGAAUAUUUACCGACAUUCCUUAUACAUGACCCACACUUGGCUAAAUGGGAAGAUUAUGUUAAUAAUAAAAUGAUUUUUAAAUGGAA